CCUUUUCUGUGAGGACAGCCUUCACCAAAAACGCCCCGCCUUCCCCUCCUCAACUCCCCCCACCCCCGAAAUGCCCCGGAAGUGCCUCUAAAAAUGGAAGUAGCCUUUGCCAUGAGGAGGAGGGGCUGCGCAUGCGCAACAAGUUCGAAAGGGGAAGAUGGCGGAUGACAAGCUCACCUAGUUCCUAGCCUCUGAUAAAAUUGAGCAGGGCAUGGGACUGGGUCAAGUCUGCUGGAGCCAGCCUCUCCCUUGUCCUAGGAUUCUCUGCCCAAGCUUAAGGACUUGACAUUUCUCAAGAACCAGCUGGAGCGCCUACAGCAGCGUGUGGAAAAUGAAGUCAACACUGGCGUAGGCCAGGAUGGCUCGCUCUUGUCCUCCCCGUUCUUCAAGGGAUUCCUGGCAGGAUACAUGGUGGCCAAACUGAGGGCAUCUGCAAUAUUGGGCUUUGCAGUGGGCACUUGCACUGGCAUCUACGCGGCUCAGGCAUACGCUGUACCCAACGUGGAGAAGACACUGAAGAACUACUUUAGGUCACUACGAAAGGGGCCUGACUAGCCCCUGUGGAGAAGGCAGGAUGAGCAUGUUGGGCCUGCAGGUAGAGACCUUCCUGUCACAGCCACUCUGCCUGGCUCGUUCUGCUGUUCAUGUGCUAACCCCACCCCUCCUGCCUCUUUCCUCCCUGCCUUUCUUCCUGCAGAGAGUGGACAAUGCAUUGUCAGCCUGCACCCUACACUCCUUCCCUCCCUAGUUCCAUGGGACUGACCCCAAAACUAUGGGUCAUGAACCCCCUCUUCAAGACCUAACUGGAAUGUGCAGCUGUCUCUGAUCCUCAGUAUUCUCUCUGGUGAUGUACCACAGUUCUAUACUCAAUUUCCUACAACUGUGUCCCAGUCCCUCUGUCCCUUGCUAGCUACCCAGGACACCCAGGAUCUGGUGUGGGCCAUGAGUGUAGAAGAUGGGGGUAUGCCAGGCCUAGCCCGGCCAAAACAGGCUCGCUGGACCCUGAUGCUGUUCCUGUCCACUGCCAUGUAUGGUGCCCAUGCGCCAUUCUUAGCACUGUGCCAUGUGGAUGGCCGAGUGCCCUUCCGGCCCUCCUCAGCUGUGUUACUCACUGAACUGACCAAGCUCCUGUUGUGCGCCUUCUCCCUCCUGGUAGGCUGGCAAACAUGGCCCCAGGGCACGCCACCCUGGCGUCAGGCCGCACCUUUCGCACUAUCAGCUCUGCUCUAUGGCGCCAACAACAACCUGGUGAUUUAUCUGCAGCGCUACAUGGACCCCAGCACCUAUCAGGUGCUGAGCAAUCUCAAGAUUGGAAGCACAGCUCUGUUGUAUUGCCUCUGCCUUGGACAUCGCCUCUCUGCGCGCCAGGGGUUGGCGCUGCUGCUGCUGAUGGCUGCGGGAGCCUGCUAUGCCUCAGGUGGCUUUCAGGAACCUGGGAACACCCUUCCGGGGCCCCCGUCAGCAGCUGGAGCCCGUCCCAUGCCCUUGCAUAUCACUCCACUGGGACUUCUGCUCCUCAUCCUAUACUGCCUCAUCUCUGGCUUGUCCUCCGUGUACACAGAGUUGAUCAUGAAGCGACAGCGGUUGCCCUUGGCUCUUCAGAACCUCUUCCUCUACACUUUUGGGGUAAUCCUGAACCUUGGACUGUACGCUGGCAGUGGCCCGGGCCCAGGCUUCCUAGAGGGUUUCUCUGGAUGGGCAGUGCUGGUGGUGCUGAACCAGGCAGUAAAUGGACUGCUCAUGUCAGCCGUCAUGAAGCAUGGCAGCAGCAUCACACGCCUCUUCAUCGUGUCCUGCUCGCUAGUGGUCAAUGCUGUGCUGUCAGCAGUGCUGCUGCAGCUGCAGCUCACAGCCACCUUCUUCCUGGCCGCACUGCUCAUUGGUCUGGCUGUGUGCUUGUACUAUGGUAGCCCCUAAGUCCUUGACCACCUGCACUCACUUGUGGCUGCGUAGAUUAGAUGCAACCACCAGAGUCACUUCCCAGGCCCCUGCAAUCCCCAGCAACCCUCUAACAAGUGCCUUGUAAGAAAAGCUAAGGUGUCCAGGUUAGCCUUUGCAUGUUCAGUGCGAGAGUUAGCCCUAGGAGCAGAGUGGGCUUGGUUAAGGAAACACCUAACUGCACUCUCUGUGUUCCCUCAUCUAAAGAACUGGGAGCCCAAACCCAGGCCUGGGCAGCCUGUCCUUGAAGCACCCUGCCUUGUCCUGCAUGUACAUGGCUGCUUCAAGUGAAGUUUGUCUUCUCACCUGCUGCGGUCACUCCUGAAGACUUUCUGUUUCCAAGCUUGGUGCUGGCUGCUCCAGCCCAGCAUGACUUCUGCAGAAGAGAUGCUUAGUUUGCCCCCUCUACAGUGCUGUUCCCCUUUCCCAUCCAUUAUUCUGGAAAGGUCAGAGGGAGCUGGGGCUUGACUCAUCUCAGGGAACAUUGCCCCUGGGCCCUGGCUUAAGCCUACACUCCUGACCCCUGUGCUAACCCGAGAGCCCUGUUGAAGCCCACGUUACCUCUGAAGCACUUAGGAGGGACUGUCUUCCCACUCUUCAGAGGUGUCCUAAGUUCCAACAACUUGGGAGGGUUCUGCAGAGUAACCAGGGACCAGGUCCAGAAAACGUUUAUAGCCAAUCAGUGUCAAACUACUUCAGCAAUAAGGUCUUAAUAAAGUGUCCUGGCUGUAGGUGCUUCCUACAACCAUUUACAGUU